GCUGUGGUUACAGCAGGGAGGCCCGUUGACAGAAGGAGAAGUCCGUUUGACAGAUAUUAGCAGGCCAUCUCCCCAAUGACAUCAGGAGCGCAGAAAGCCUGUGCAGCUUCAAACCGCAAACACUAGAAAUAGCACUUUGUACUUUGGCUUUCAUGAGGAAAUUAUACUGUCUGGAUUCUUGUUGUUCAGUGUCUGUACCCUCUUGUUUCAAUGCCCUUAUUUCACCGAGAUAGAAAGAAGAAGAAGAAAGCCCCUCUAUACUUAGAGCUAUUGACCCCCAGAUGGUUUUGGUUUUUAUGUUGUCAAGGAGAAGUCAGUCCAUGAUUUUUCUGCCACCACACCAUAACAAAAAUAUUUUUAAGCUCUCGACUGCUGUUCAGCUUGAUCGUCAUCACACGCUUCCAUGAGCCCCUUGUUGCAGGCUUGAGGGGCCACCAGCAUGAGUCAGGAGUUGCUGGAGUCUGACAGAGACUCCGCUCAGGAUGCAUCAGACUUCAACUGGGAUGACUACCUGGAGGAGACUGGAGCCGUGUCCGUACCCCACCACGCCUUCAAACAUGUGGACCAGGGCCUGCAGACGGGGCUGACCCCGGGCAUGAAGCUGGAGGUGUGUGUGCGCGCAGAGGCCGACAGUCCGUACUGGGUGGCCAACAUCAUCACCACGUGUGGCCAGCUGCUGCUGCUGCGCUACGAGGGCUACCAGGAGGACCGGCGCGCCGACUUCUGGUGCGACCUGAUGGCCGCGGACCUCCACCCGCUGGGCUGGAGCCGCCAGCACGGGAAGACCAUCAGGGCUCCGGAGGGUGUGCGCGAGAAGCACCAGGACUGGGAGGCCCUGCUGGAAAGGGCACUGGCCGAGGAGUGCAGCGCUCCGGCCAACCUGCUGGAAUUGUCGCAGCGCGGUAGGGACCCGGUGGAGCUCCUGUGUGCCGGCUGCUACGUGGAGCUCCAGGACGGUGCCGAUCCGGGGCUCGUCUGGGCUGCCGAGGUGGAGGAGAACGUCGGGGGAAGGCUGAAGCUGCGCCUUUUGGGCACCGAGGGCCUCCCCGACACGCCCGCAACCCUCUGGCUCUUUUACCUCCACCCACGCCUCCACCCACCCGGCUGGGCCAAAGAGCACGGCUGCACCCUCGGGCCUCCCUCAGACCUGCUGUCCCUGCGGACGGAGGCCGAGUGGGAAGAGGUGAGACUGAGGAUCAGUGACCUGCCUCAGGACGACGCUCUGACUGCAGAGCUCAGCAAGGAUCAGCCUACCAUCGCUGCGCAUUGUUUCAAAGAAGGAAUGAAACUGGAGGCUGUUGACCCUGCGGCUCCUAUUUCCAUCAGGCCAGCCACGGUCGCCAAGGUGUUCAAUGAGCAGUACUUCCUUGUGAAGAUGGACGACCUCUGUGGUAUUGACGACUCGGAUUGUGCUGCAAGGUCCUUUCUGUGUCACAGAGACAGUCCAGGGAUCUUCCCCACUCAGUGGUGCCUCAAAAAUGGACUAACGCUUAGCCCUCCACCAGGAUACCAGGGUGCAGACUUUGACUGGGCCGAUUACCUAAAAAAGUGUGAGGCAGAGGCUGCUCCGCAACAUUGCUUCCCAACUGUGCAGUGUGAGCACAGCUUCAAAGAAGCCAUGAAACUGGAGGCGAUCAACCUGCUGUCACCGGAGAACAUUCACGUGGCCACUGUCACCAGGGUCAAGGGGCAGUACGUCUGGAUAAGCCUGGAAGGACUGAAGCAGCCCAUGCCAGAGCUGAUAGUUCAUGUGGACUCCCUCGACAUCUUCCCCGUCAGCUGGUGCGAGACAAACGGCUAUCCUCUCAUCUCUCCAAUUAAACCGCCAGUUGAAAAAGAGCGGAAGAUUGCUGUGGUGCAGCCUGAGAAACACCGAAACUCCCCAAAGUCCUCGUCACCCGACACUGUCAAGCAGCAGAUGGCCCACCAUUCUGAGACAGGGCAGGGCAACCGGAAAUACUGCUGUCCCAAGAUCUACUUCAACCACCGCUGUUUCUCUGGGCCUUACCUUAACAAGGGACGCAUUGCAGAGCUUCCUCAGUUCAUCGGUCCUGGAAACUGUGUCCUCGUGCUGAAAGAGGUUUUAGGUCUGCUGAUAAACUCUGCAUACAAGCCCAGCCGUGUGCUGAGGGAGCUGCAGCUGGACCAGGAGAGCCGCUGGCAGGGCAAUGGAGAAACGCUCAAAGCCAAGUACAAGGGAAAGAGUUACCGGGCGACCGUGGAAAUAGUCCGCACUGUGGACCGCGUAGCGGACUUCUGCAGGAAAACCUGCAUCAAGCUUGAGUGCUGCCCCAACCUGUUCGGACCUCGCAUGGUUCUGGAACACUGCUCCGAGAACUGCUCUGUCCUCACCAAGACCAAAUACACAUAUUACUCCGGAAAGAAGAAGACUAAGCGUGUUGGACGUCCACCCGGGGGCCACACCAACCUGGAGGGUGGAGUGAAGCGAAGAGGCCGGAGGCGGAAGAGGAGGAAGCAGCUCUUUGUGCACAAGAAGAGACGAUCCUCGGCCUCGGUGGACAACACGCCUGCUGGGUCCCCACAGGGCAGUGGAGAGGAAGAAGAUCUGGAUGAAGAUGACUCCCUGAGUGACUCCGGCUCUGAACUGCAGGACGAUCUCCAGGAGGAUUCUGAACCGUCGCUCGGGAAGUCUCGGCCCACCACGCCGUCCCCGUCCCCGCCGGCAACGCCGAGGCCAACCCGCCGAAAACGGAAACCCCGCUCGCCCUCGUUCUCAGACGAUGAGAACCGACCUCCGUCACCAAAGACGUCAAAGGUUGAGCCCCCGCAGAAGUUGUGUUUGGAAACCAGCCCCCUGGAGUGGAGCGUCACCGACGUGGUCCGCUUCAUCAGGACCACGGACUGUGCACCUCUGGCACGGAUCUUCUUGGAUCAGGAGAUUGACGGACAGGCACUGCUGCUGCUGAACCUCCCCACAGUACAGGAGUGUAUGGACCUGAAGCUAGGACCGGCCAUCAAGCUGUGCCACCACAUUGAGAGGGUCAAGCUGGCUUUUUAUCAGCAGUUUGCAACGUAGCCGACGUGGAAUGAACAUGGACGUGACUACAUACUGUUCUCUGUAUUCAUUCUGUGAAUAACACUGUAUUUUCCGAUUCUUACUUUUCCAACACUGGACGUCCUUAAGAAACUUGAGUAUACAACAUUGUGUGGUAAAAGCAUGGGCAGAAGGUGGAAAAAAGUGACUCCUAGUGAUCACUGAAAAAAAUAACAAAGAAGAGCUUCAAAAGAUCAAAUUUCUCUCAUUGAGAAAGACACAGGGGUGGACUGAAAGACAGAAGAACUGGAGACGCUUUGAUAUCAUAAAUAAGUGUAAAGGCCUUUUACUGACUCCAGCACAUUUUACAAAAAAAGAAAAGCACAAAAAAGCAAGCCAUCAUCAAGGACAGUUCAAGGUUUUCAUGUCCUUAUGAUGGCUUCUUAAUGUAUUUUGUCUUCAGUGUCUUAGAUUCUCCUUUUUAUUUCCUUUUCUUUUUGUGUGGACAAAUGAGUGCCAACGCUACAAUUUUAUUUCCAUUGUGGCCAUUCGUGGUUUCCUUAAAAGCUGUGAUUCACUGGUAUUCCCUUUUAAUUGUUAAGCCUAAAAUAUUUGGUGUCUACUCAUCAAUUGCUAAUGUCUGCUGGAGUCAGAAAUGAGGUGGUCUUGCCUCAUAAUCUAUAAGUCUAAUUUCAGUUUCUUAAAAAAAAAUUUGUUACAGAUGAGACCCACACUGAAACGCUUGAAAACAAACAUUAUUUUUCACAGAAUCAAUUUAACUGAAACUCUAAACUAGGUGUAUCCUAGAGCUUUUGUCUAUCUAGUUUUGAAAAGAGAUUUGCUUGUAUCCCUAUUGCUAUUCCAUUGAUUGUUUGGUCCAUUAAUUAAGCAAUCAAAAAAUGUUUGCACAUUGAAAGUUCUAGAAUUGCAUAAAAUACAGUUUGCCAGUUUUCUUUGAAUCCACUAGAUAUGUACAUUGCAGUUUUGGAAUAAUAGUCAUUGUGUCCCGUUGCAAGGUAAGGAAGUUGAUUUUAGUUUGAACAUCAGGCCCCUAAACCAUACUGACGUCCUUUGAAACUGUUAUCCAGCUGAAUUAAGAUUCUCCGGUCAACAACAGAUAUAAAGGGGGCCUUCCUUGCAAGAGAUCAAGUUGCUUUAUUGUUCAAGCUUCUACAGUAUGUAAGAGCGGUUUACAUAGUAAGGACUCAAAUACAAGCACAAACAAAACCAUGUACUGUAUGGUGGUAUGCAAAUAUGUGCAUGUUUAUAUAUAGUGUAAAUAGAAUAUCCUUAAGAGCAACAGGGUAAGAAAAAAAAUUGAGCAAUUAGCAUAGCAUACCUACAUAAGCAAUGUGUAAAUUCCUUAAAUAUAGGCUACAAUAUAUUUGCACAGAACUUUCUCAAAUGUAAUGUAUUAGAAAAUCUAAUCUGGCAGCAGUCAAUUCUUUGAGCCAUUUCAUUAACAAUUACCUUAAUUAUAAAUGUGCAGACAAUACUUUUUAACUGCUUCUGUAAAUCAGUUUUCUUUUAUCAGUUAUUGUAAUGUGAUUAACUGUAAUGUGCUUCAUUUUUUGUGAGGGCAACAAAACUUUGUUUUUCUCUUUUACUUGUGGAGCAUCUUUUUAAUUCGUAUUUGAAAAUUAUCCCAGUGAAAGACUGCGAUUAAAACUGUGAACAAUUGUA